AUAGCGACAACAGUGUUGUAAAAAACACACACAUUGACCGCUUCUGAUUAGAUUGUGAAAUAAUAAAAGUAAUAAAUAAAUUAGAGUGAAAGCAAAACACAAACGCACGUGAAGUACAAAUAUGCAUAAAAUGCUGGGCCGCUUGCAGGCUCAUAUGCUACGGCCAAGUGCCAGACCACUGGCAGUAGUUGUGCGACUGCGAUCGACCGAUGUGAAACCAGCGGCUACAUCAAAAGAAUUUCGCGAGCGCCAGGUGCGAUUCAACAUAAAGAAUGAACAGACAGAGGGACGACCUUUGUAUUUAGAUGCACAGGCCACCACACCGAUGGAUCCGCGCGUGUUGGACGCAAUGUUGCCCUAUCUGACCAACUACUACGGCAAUCCGCAUUCACGCACCCACGCCUACGGCUGGGAGACGGAACAUGCCGUGGAGAAGGCACGCGAACAAAUCGCGAAACUAAUUGGCGCCGAUCCCAAGGAGAUCAUUUUCACAUCCGGCGCCACAGAGUCGAAUAAUAUUGCUGUCAAGGGUGUGGCACGAUUUUAUGGCACCAACAAGAAGCAUGUGAUUACCACACAGACGGAGCACAAGUGUGUGCUGGACUCGUGCCGUGCGUUGGAGAACGAAGGCUAUAGGGUUACCUACUUGCCCGUCAAGGCCAAUGGCAUCAUUGACAUGCAGCAGCUCGACGAGGCAAUGACACCAGACACCUCACUCGUUUCCAUCAUGACGGUGAACAAUGAGAUUGGCGUGCAUCAACCCAUCUCGGAGAUUGGGAAAUUGUGCCGAUCGCGCAAGGUGUUCUUCCACACGGAUGCGGCGCAGGCCGUGGGUAAAAUCCCCUUGGAUGUAAACGCCAUGAAUAUUGAUCUGAUGUCCAUAUCGGGACAUAAGAUCUAUGGCCCAAAGGGCGUGGGCGCUUUAUAUGUACGUCGCCGACCCCGUGUGCGUCUGGAGCCCAUCCAGAGUGGAGGUGGCCAGGAGCGAGGCCUUCGCAGCGGCACAGUGCCCGCCCCUUUGGCUGUGGGUCUGGGCGCAGCAGCUGAGCUGUCAAUGCAAGAGAUGGACUACGAUAAGAAGUGGGUAGAUUUCCUAUCCAGGCGCCUGAUGGACAAAAUAACAAGCGCUUUAUCGCAUGUGAUACGCAAUGGGGAUCCGGUGAGCACAUAUAAUGGUUGCCUGAAUCUAUCCUUUGCCUACGUGGAAGGCGAAUCCCUGCUGAUGGCCCUCAAGGAUGUCGCACUCAGCAGUGGAUCUGCCUGCACAUCAGCCUCACUGGAGCCAUCGUACGUGCUGCGUGCCAUUGGCACCGAUGAGGAUUUGGCUCACAGCUCCAUUCGCUUCGGCAUUGGACGUUUCACCACCAUCGAGGAGGUCGACUAUACGGCCGACAAGUGCAUCAAGCAUGUGGAGAGACUCCGUGAAAUGUCGCCACUGUGGGAAAUGGUGCAGGAGGGCAUUGACCUGAAGACCAUACAAUGGUCACAGCACUAAAUACACUCUCCAAUUAUUAUUGCAAAUGAAACACAUAAAAUAAUUAUAAAACUUGUAAAAAAAAAUAAAACACUUGAGCUCUGAGAAAAACUAU